CAUAGCUUUCUACGUUUCUACUCUCAUUUAUUUCCAUCCUUAUUCGAUCACAUCCUCGUAGGUCCUGCGGUCCCCUUUUACUUCAUAACACCAUACUCCGCUCAUUUUCAAUUCACGCGCCUGACCUAUUAGGCAUGGAUCAAUGCGUUCUCAGCUCCCCCUUCGCAGAGCCGCAGUGCUUCAUAGGGCCUUGCUGCUUAGCAUUGUCGGCUCUACUCGGUGAUAAGGUCGUCUUCCCUGAGAGCCAGGCAUACAGUUCAUCUCUUUCUUCGUAUCAUAGCCAGCAAGAAUCUUAUCUUGAGCCUUUGUGUAUCGUCGUACCAACUACAGCCGACGACGUCUCGACUGCAGUUUCCUCGCUAUCCUCUACAGCUGGGUCACUUGGCGAUAAUGAGCGACAGGCUAGUUGCCAAUUCGCCAUCCGAUCUGGCGGCCACGCGGGCAUUGUCGGCGCAGCAAAUAUCGAGGGCGGGGUAACGAUCGACUUACGCUCUCUUAAUACUAUCGACGUAAGCGAGGAUAGGUCGACGGCCUCCGUGGGAGUGGGCGCUACUUGGGGCGACGUAUAUUCGAAGCUUGGCCCCCUCGGCGUAUCGGUUGCUGGCGGCCGCGUAGCACAAGUCGGCGUUGGCGGGCUCACCUUGGGCGGUGGGAUUUCUUACUUUUCCCCACGAUACGGCUGGACGUGCGACACGGUGUCGAACUUCGAAGUCGUGCUCGCUAACGGGUCUAUCGUAAAUGCCAAUGCAGAUGAGAACCCCGAUCUUCUCUUCGCUCUCAGGGGCGGUGCGAACAACUUUGGCGUCGUCACCCGAAUCGACUUUCGGACCUUUGAACGAGGACCUAUAUGGGUAGGCGCAGUUCUUGCUUCCAGCGACACCAUUGAUGAACAGCUAAAAGCGUUCGUUGAUAUCAAUUCGGCGGAGUCCUACGACGAAUACGCGUCGUUGAUUACGAACCUUGGGUAUGCUGGUGGUCGCAAAACCUUUAUCCUAAACAACAUUGAAUAUACGAAAGCCGAAGAGAACCCAGCAGUGUUUAACCCCUUGAGCAAAAUAUCUGCGAUGGACGAGAAAGGACGCAUCGGUACCAUGGAAGAAGCGGCGAUAGAACAGGGUUCGUACUCGAAAAAUGGAAGACGCCAGUUAUUCGUGACGAUAACUCACAAGUCCACUUUGAAAAUGCUCAACGCAGUUUAUUUAAAUUGGAACAAGAGCAUCGAGGCCAUCAAAAGCGUCCGUGGCGUCGUCUGGGCUAUCUCUCUCGAGCCGCUGCCCCCAGCCAUCUACGCGCGCUCCGCCACAUCCAACGUUUUCGGGCUCGCGGAUAGGACGGAUGCGCUCGUAAUAACUGUCCUGACCGUGUUCUGGAGAAACGAGGCUGACGAUCCGAAAGUCGAGAGGGCUGCGCGCGAACUAUUUAGAAAGAUCGAGGAUGAUGCGAAGAGGCUAGGCGCGUACGAUCCCUUCAUUUACCCGAACUACGCGGCGUGGUGGCAGGAUCCUGUUUCUAGCUAUGGCGAGGAAAGCUUGCGGAGACUGAAGAGGGUGAGGAGGGACGUGGAUCCGAAGGGGGUUUUCACUCGUCAAGUUCCUGGUGGUUUCAAGAUUCCUUUCUAGCUGAAGUCUACUAGGUGCGAGAUAAUAUCCACGACCUAUGACUAAAGCUAACAUAGGAGGUAACUCUCUUUGUUUGGCAAUCACUACAAGACUAUACAGGUAUUCUUAGCUCUUUGACCCUCACAGGCAGCAGCUCAAAGUUUGAGAAUAGGUUUAUUCUUUCAAUUUGAACCAUCUGAUUGUUCUGGAACAAAGAAUUAGCUGCAGAGAAUCGCG